CGCAUCUUCCUGCCCUCGCCUGUGGGGACCCCCCUCCGCCAUGUUGGUGCCCGGGAGGCCCAUGGGCUUUGGGGAAGGGAAAGAUCUCUUCCAUGAGCCCGCAAGCGUGAGUAUUUCCUCACGUGACAGCACGCUUGCUUUACUUUCCCUGUGAGUGAGCUGGAAGGUUGGUGGCUGCAGCUGCAGAGUGUUGAGACCAAACGAAUAACCAUGCUGAUCAGCAGAGCCUGUUGUCUCAUGAGUUCCAUUGCUCCAGUCAACAGGCUCGCAUCUGCUUGGAGAUACACAUCCACAGCAGAGCAGGUGGAAGAUCAAUCUGCAUGGCAAAAUGGAUACAGGGUCAAACCACAGGCCUGGCCCUCUUCUAGAACUUAAGGAAAGAGCAGUCAAGGAGCCCCUGUGCUGACCUGGUUGCCCGCUGGGAGGUCCUGAAGCCCUCAGCCUUACAGCAAGGCUGCUGCAGCUCCUCACCCACAAGCCCAACUGGUAUUUCUACAAACAAAUUUUGGAGCUUACGUCCCUAUGAUGCCAACUCAAGGAAUGGCCCACUGUUGUGCCCAUGUGACUACCAAAGUAGCAGGUACCUGGUACCUGUAGAAAUCAUGCGCCUGUGGAAAUGGACAUUGUUUGCAGGUGUCCAGAGCGAGAUCUGUGCCUUAUUGGACAGGAGCUGGAAGCAAUUUGACAGCUAGAAUGACCCGGCAUUCAACUUUAGUAGAACUGAAAUCAGAUAUAAAAAGCAAAACUUCCCCAGAAUUUGUCGCUAACCAAAAUGACAGUGUGGGAAACUUCCGGGUGAAAUGAGCAGAACCAGAAACAGUUUGCACAACACAAGGGUUACGCCUGUGAGGAUGACCCCAUUUUAAUUUCACCAGAUUCUAUCUCUUCAAAAGUCAGCAAUUUACUGCUUAAGAAGCUCAGAAGAGCAGAAGUAUUGUCCCUGUGUGAGAAAUUCCACAGACACUUUCCUAACAUGGAAGAUAACAUGGAUGUAAAAAACGUAUUUAAAACUUGGGAAAAUAUUUCCUGCCUAAGGGAUUUUUCAGAGAAUGGUGCUGACGUGGUUAAUUUUCAGAGUUUGGUGGGUGUCAGUGCUGGGAGAGCAGAGCAAUCCUGUGGCGACUGGGUGGAUUCCUGCCCUUCAGAUGUAAUCGCUGACCACACAGACAACUGCUGCCUUCGCACGGAAGAGUCUGUCUCCGGUCAGUCUCUGGCAGAAGUCCAGGCAUGUAAAAGCACUGGGCUCGAUAGAGCUCUAAACACGAAUACUGUAUUCAGUGAGCAGGCAGAUACUCCCCUGAUACAUCACAGUGGUUUUGUGAAGGAUGAUUCUGAAAAUCCUGCCACUCUUCUGGACAGUUAUGCAGAGAAAAUUCCAAGUGUAAGUGAUGACUUUUCUGAUGAUGACCUAGAGUAUUUUGAAUGUUCAGAUGUGCUGACAGCGCAUGAAAAUGAAAUAUGGGAAAAUAAAUUACGGUUUUUAUUAGAAAGUGGUGAUGAAGAUGAUUUAAAACUGAGUAAGGAUUGUGAUGGGUGUGCUUACUUCCUCGGUGAAAUGCCUUGUCUGUUCCGAGUGUCAGAUAACACUACGCCUAUGGAUACCACCAUUGGCUUCUGUGGGCAUCACUCAAAACUCAAAGGAGUAAAUGUAAGAAGAGACCCCUCUAUGUACAGCCAGUCAACUCCGCAGGCAGAGAUGACUCUCACCCUUGGACAGCACCGAGAUAAAAGUUCCAGUUUGAAAGACAAAGAGAAGUAUGAAGUGCCCAUUGCAUCUGCAGCCACUGAAAAUGACCGUCACGGGACUGAAGAGGAAAACAAUGGAAGUGCCCGCUCGGCUGCAGGUUUCUCAGCUGACAAAUCAAAGAACAAGGAUAACGUACGUGCUGAGGUAGACUCUGCUGCUGGUGGCACAGGAGCUUCUGUGACAGAUCAGGCUUCAGAGUCGGUGACAGAAACCAGGACGGACAAGGACUUGCUGGAUGAAGGCUCUUUGCUGCUGGAGGAGGCGGGAAGAAACUUGCCAGAGGAAAGCGCGAGGCACGCUGUCUGUACCUUAACAGAAAGUCUGAGAAGAAACCUUUUCAAGCUGUUAAACCCUAGAGAGCUGUGCAGAUAUGUCAGUAACAUAGGGCAGUCCUUCCAGGCUGCAGCGGAGGUGAGGGAAUCCAGUGCUCUGUGUCCCAGGCAGGAAGGUGUCCUUUCAGCCCCGCUCCCCGAGGAGACAGCGAGCCUGCGAAUGCAGACUGGCUUGUGUCACGCAGAAGGGGCAGAUAAAGACUGUCACUGGGAGAGGAAAAGGACUUCGGGCCUGGCUGAGCAGGAUCAGCUGCCAAAUGAAAACGUCUCACUCAAGAAUGAAGGUGCUGCUCUUGAAAUCUUUCCCCAGAAUUGUGAGAGACUAUGUCUGGAGCCUGAAAUGGAAAAAGAUGGCAUAUGCAUGACUUGGGAGAAUGCAGGAACCAUCCCUCCAGCUUCAGAAAUGCUCUGUACUGAACAGACAUUACAGGCAAAAAAUGCAAAUUUACAGAGUUAUUCUCAAAACCUUACGCCUUGCGAUACGAGAGAAAGUUGUCACCAACAAGUCUUCUGUGAACAAGGAAUUAAGAUUACGAGUGAUGGCAACAAAUCAGAGAAUGACGUUUCACCUUCCCCUUUAUGGGACACGCACUCCGUUCCUGAUAAACAGGAAUCUUUAUGUGCUGUUCUCUCCUCCGCACGACUCUGCGAUGAGCCAGGGGAGGCAGAGCAGAGCUACAGCUGUGACUCACACAACAGCAACAACACAAAUCUCUCUCGUCUCUCAUGUGAGGAAUCUCUGCCUCAAGCUAAUCCCGAGUCAGUCCUGGAAUCUAGAGAACCUGGGUGCAAAGGAGACGCUGAUAUAUCUGCAGUGCAUGACAAGCUGUGGAAACUUCUCCAUGAAGAUGACUCAGAAUAUCAAAUCCCCUUUGAAAACCGGGGGAUCACAAGUUUGGAAAUGAGGCCGAGGGGUAUCGAAGUCACAGAGCUGAACUCUGUACAGGAGAGCUGUUCUGCUCAUCCUUGGCCAGUAGCUGUGACGGAGGGGCAGGAGCCCGUCACACCGCCAGCGGGUAGGCAAGGGGCAGAGGGAGAAGACCACGGUGUUCCUAGUACCCUUCUUAAAGCAGAUGAAGCGUGUAACACUGCAUCCUUGGGAAACGCUUGUCUCGCACAAGUGGUGGAAACAGAUGGUGUGUGUCUGGAUCCCAGUACUGGAAAUAAAACGGAAACACCAUCCAUUUGUGUUUCAUCAAAUAGUAACAUCUUAAAUCCAGGGGAGCGCUUGGAGCAGAAGCCGAAUCCAACACUGACCGACCGCGCCGGAUCCAUUCAGACAGCGGUUGCUUGGGAAGGAAAGGGUGCUGUUAAUGAUGCUUCACAAACAGGAGAUGCGGAUUCUCCGCAGAGAUUUAAACAUGCUCAGAGCAGGAGUUUAGCAUGUGACAAAGAAAACCCCAUUUACCUGUCAGAUAAGUCACACGGGACAGUUGGGCAAUUACUUCAUACAGAGCACAACGUACUCUUGAUAAACGAGUCUGUACCUGGUAAAGGGUAUGUUUUUAGAGACUGUUAUCCAGCAAGAGAAGAACUGGCUGAUUUCCCUGAAGAGAAAGACAUUUUCCCCAGUGAAAAUAUCAAUCAGUUUCCACAUGAAGAACACUCUUCUAUAAACACCAUACAUAAAAGUUGUGAAGAGAAUUUCCAAGAAAAAGGAAAUCACUCCGACUUGAAUGCACAAAACUACCUUAAUUCUGACAGUUACCAUCUUUCAAAAAAUAAUGACUGUCAAGUUUCACAGGUUGUUUCUAAUGCACAGAAAUGUGGUCACCUAAUACAAUGGCCUGAUUUAAGUAAGACUCCCGAAACCAUAACAGAUAAUCUACUCCAAAAUACGGGCCAACAAACAGAAACAGAAAAACAAGAAGUGGCAUUCACUCCCUCUUGGGAGGAUCCAUUUGUAAGAGAUUUCUCUGUAGAAGAGCUCGGGUACGAACCACGUCAAGCAGGAGAAGAGCAGAGAGAGACAUGCAGAGGUGAUGCACAAGGGUCUGGAACUUCCCCUGACUCAGAAGUUACUCAUGUUUCAGAGAGUCAGCCUGCAGUUUCCCCUCAAAACACAUCAGAACAGCACGUAGUUUUUAUUGACAGCACCUUUAAGUCUGGUGAAGAGUUAAAACCAGAUUCUUCAGAACAUCACACAUGUGCAUCUGGAAGCGUAACACCAGUUCAUACCCCACUGCCUAGAAAGGCUCUGAGUGAGAACCACAGCGCAGCAAGUGAGGACUGUAAAGAUACCAGUGACCACUUUGAUGUCCAGCAGUGGGCUGUAGAAGAACCAUUACUGUUCUUCACACCAGAACACCAGUCAGAGGGCCUUCUCACCAGUACAUCAGCAGCGGGCUGUCCUGGCACAGGAAGUCAGGUUAAGACUGAAUCCACACAAACUGCCCUCAAAGGAGAUGGAAAUGUGAGUACACUGGAAACUUUGUGUAAAGCAUUGCAGGGUCAGUUCCAUAGGGUACCCGAAGAAGACAAGGAAGAAGCAAUUCUGUGUGCAAAUAAACAAGAGAUUCAAAGAGCUACUGAAUAUAAUCCAGAUGAAACUGAAACAAAGCCUCCUUUGCACGUUUUAAUUAGCUCCGAAGCUCAGAGACAGAUGAAUAUUAGCACUGAGCAAUCCUGUCCUGACUUUCUGUCUUCCAGCAAGCUGGCUGAGGCUGGUAACUCAAUGAAGUCUACGGAGUAUGAUAAAGACGAAGAAGUCGUUACAUCAGAGAGUGUAGUAAAUGGUUUAGUUAAUUUGCCAGCAGUUGGCUCAGGGAACAAGCAGUAUUUUCAAGAGCAGCCACCCUGCAGCAGAACUCAGCCAUUCUCCUUAGCGUUGGCCACACACGGUCCCUUUCCAGUCAGCGCGGAGAGGCUGAGAAAUCAGAAAGGGUCAGAAUCCUACCAGCCAUCACCAACCGCUGCUGAGCCUGACCCCAGCAAGUGUAAACAAGGCACAGCAAAAAGUGGGCUUUUUGCUCCGGGAGCUAAGAAGAAAUUGCCACCAGCAAUGCUGUCAAAAAAGCCCCGCCUGGAGGAGGGUGGCAGUGCCAGGCAGGAUGCCCACAGUGGGAAAACCUCUGUGAAGAGUGAGGUGGGCGUGAUACAUAAAGAAGACAGAAAAGAGCAAAGGAAAGUCAUUUUGAAAAAGGAUAGCAAGGCUCCCAAGCUGCUGAAGAAGAUCCAAGCAGAGCUGUUCCCUGACUGCUCUGGAAAUAUUAAGCUGUGCUGUCAAUUUGGGGACAUUCAUGGUGACUCCAUCAUCACAUGGACUAAAGAUUCCAAGUUACUGGCUCAACUGCAGAGAAGUGCCCAGGAUGACUCUCCCGUCUCUUUGGCAAUAGCUAAAGCCAGUAGCAAAGACCAGGGAAUGUAUUACUGCUGCUUGAAUAACGUGUAUGGAAAAGUGACUGCUGAGUUCAAUCUGACCUCUGAAGUAUUGGAACAUCUCUCGAGUUUUCAGAACUGGGAAGGUGUGGAAGAAAUUGAAUUCAUGCAGCUCAUGUUCCGAGAAGAUUUCAUCAGUGACAGCUAUUUUGGUGGGAACCUGCAUGGAAUAAUAGCCACCGAAGAGCUUCACUUUGGGGAAGGCAUGCACCGGAAAGCCUUCCGGAGUAAGGUGAUGCAGGGCCUCGUGCCGGUCUUCGGUCCUGGCCACCCCUGUGUCCUCAAAGUGCACAAUGCCAUCAUGUAUGGGACCAAUAGUCAGGACGACCUAGUCCAGAAGAACUACAAACUGGCACUGCAGGAAUGCUAUGUCCAAAAUACUGCAAGAGAGUAUGCGAAGAUAUAUGCAGCUGAAGCUGAGCCCCUGGAAGGCUUUGGAGAAGUACCAGAGAUCAUUCCUAUUUUCCUUGUUCAUCGCCCUGCUAAUAACAUCCCCUAUGCGACCGUGGAGGAGGAGCUGGUUGGGGAGUUUGUGAAGUACUCUGUCAGGGAUGGGAAGGAGGUGAAUUUCCUGAGAAGGGACUCGGAGGCCGGGCAGAAGUGUUGCACCUUCCAGCAUUGGGUGUAUGAGAAGACCAAUGGGAGCUUGCUUGUCACUGACCUGCAGGGUGUAGGAAUGAAGUUAACUGACGUUGGCAUAGCAACACUGGCCAAAGGAUACAAAGGUUUUAAAGGCAACUGCUCGAUUUCCUUCAUUGAGCAGUUCAGAGCCCUCCACCAGUGCAAUAAGUACUGUGAGAUGCUGGGCCUGCAAUCUCUCCGAACCACUCAUCAGAAACAGAGGAAAGCAACACCCCUGAAAAACAAAAAUCUACCAAACUCAUCAACGCUAAAGAAAGCAGUGCCCAAGAAAGGCAGAGACCCUCGAGGCUUCAUUUCCUCCGAGCACUGAGCUGCACUGUCCCAUCCUGUGCGAACUUCUCCUGAAGAUCUGUACUGGUGACAGACACCGAUGACCUGGUGGGGGAUAACUUCAGUCUUUUGCCUCGUGACAUCACUUUGAAGCCAUCCUGGUGCUGGUGCCAGCGACAAAGGAAGGAGCUGAUUCUCUGGCCCUGGUACCUGAGAUUUCACACCCGGCCACGGUUUCGGAGGCAAACGAACGCGUCUGCCUGGAUUGUCUCACAGCCCCUCUCUGUAUUGGUGCCCGCACGUUUGGAGUCUUGGACACAGGGUGCACCAUGGGCCACUGGAGAACAUCUCCCCUCCCAUGUGCCUGCGCCUGUGACCCUCUGGGUUCAGCUGCUACAUGAACAGCAAUAUAUGUCAGAUGCCACUUAGUGAAAGUUUUGCACAGUUUUGUUGCUCAGGCUGCUAUAGAGAAAUUGUUUUCUUUCCCAGAUUUUUCCAUAUUGUAAUCCCACUAUAAUCCUAUUCUUGUAUCUUUUUCUCCCACUUUCAUGUCUUUUAAUACAAGACAAAGCUAUUCAUGAUUGGGCAUAUCUGUCUUCUGCCCCCACAAAAUUAGCUGCCAUCUUUCAGGUCCCACAAAAUGAUGCCAUCAGCUUGCAGAUGGGCAGCUUGUGUGAUUCUCUUUGCUCUCCACGCGAGCUUCCUUGUGCCUACACUUAACCCCGUGGCACAGUACUGUUGUGCUUGCACCUAUCCUGUUGUAGGAUGGGGUUUUGGAGUCUGCCUGUUGCCAAACAGCCAUCUGAAAUACACCAUGGCAUGCAGAGGGUGUUUCAGUACCCUCCAGCGUUUCCAACUGGAAUAAGCACAGUGGCUUUUCCGUGUAGCGUGGAGUUGCUUAUUGCAGGCACCUGAUGGCCAGCACCAAAACCCAGCCUGCAGACCCCCCCAGGGUACAGACCCUGGGCGCUGUCAGGCUGCUUGUCCCCCUGCCAUCACUGAAUUCCAGGGGUGCCAGGAACCAGUGCCCGUCUGUGGGAGCCCUUCUGUGCCAGGCGGAUGAAGCCAUUUCAGCCCCAGGCUGGGGCUUCACCUGGGGGUUACUCCCUACUGCCUGGUCCAUGUGCUGCAUGUGUGGGUGUCUGCAGGCCACCCUGACUUCACCUGAGGUACUCCUGUUGGACAUGUAGGAGCUGGAAAGCAGUUCCCCAGCUUUCUGAAGUAGACAGUUUCUGGUCAUUUAGGAAAUACCAUGUGACAGUGGCAUGGAGCAUCUUUGGGAAGGAAAUUUUCUCCCAUCUCCCCUCUUUCUGAUUCCUAAGAGACAGGGUAUUGGGAAACCAACACUCACCCCCCACCACCACUUCAGAGAAUUCGUUCUGUUGAUGUUUCGUGUUAUAUAAUAACAAACCAUCACAUUUGGGUUAAAUAGACACACACCCAGCUGAAACGGAUGAUUUUCCACUGCUCAGGGGUUUAUUGAAUGUAUUUUGUUUGUUAACGACAUACUAUGUUGCUGAUGUAUUGCAACACUGUGGGAGUCACGAUUCCUGAAUUUCUGUCAGUGGAAAUUUUAACUGAUGGUAACAGGAAAAACUAGCAAUACACUGGUUUAAAGCAGUCGCUUUUCUGUAAUAGAAAAAAAGCUUCAGUUA